AUGUCCCUAAGGGGGAAGGAGGCCAUGAAGCCGCCCGCUAAAUCCCUGUCCGUGGAGGAUGCUAUGGAGCUGCUGAGCGACAUCUGGAAUCAGAAGAUGAAGGCGACCUGGGAGCACGCGACGCGGGCCAUCACGGUCACCGGUGUCACGAUGAUGAUUGGAGCCAUGGUCGCCGGCCCGCCGGGACUGUUCAUUGGGGGAACCGUUGGGGGGCUCAUAGGGGCCUGUAUGUCCUGGGGGAAGUUUAAGUCUGUCCCUCAGAUGCUCAAGGAGCUGCCGCCAGCCGAGAAGGAGAAGCUACGCUGCCAGGUCUCAGACAUCCUCACGGACCUGAAGGGGACGGACAUCAAGGAACUGACUAAGCAGGUCAUGGCCAACAAGGCCGUGCAGGAGAAGCUGCUGGAGCUGACCAUGGACAUUGUCACCAAGAAGCUGGGGAUCGCCUAA